AUGGCUGGUAACACCAUCAAGACAGUGCACGAUAUUUUUCAAAGCAUGGAGUACGGACCUGCAGCAACUCCCAGCUAUGCCACUGCACAGGCCUGGCUGGAUCACCAUUCCCGUUCUCUGGGUCUGUUCAUCGAUGGCAAGUUUGUUUGUCCAGCAGACAGACAGAGGCGCCCCCUUACUGAUUCUAAAGGUGUUGAGGUGUGCAGCACGGUUUGCGCCGUGGAGGACGACAUUUCCCAGUGCGCCUCCUCCGCAGUGAACGGCUUCAAGGCCUGGAGUGUCCUGAGCUGCUACCAGAGGGCCAAAGUGCUGCUCAGGUUGGUUAGCGCUCUCGGGCAGCACGGCCAGUGUGUGUCGGAGCUGUGCGAGCUGUGUGGGGCCUCCUGCUCGUCCUCCACCCUCAUCAGACAGCUGCAGUACUACAGCAGUUGGGCUCAGCUCAGAGACACUCUCAUCACCAGCUGGACACCAUUGGGUGUGGUGGCAGUGGUUGUCUCUGAUGACUGCUCUCUUUAUUCCCUCAUGCUCAAAGUCUUACCAGCACUGGCCAUGGGCAACUCUGUCAUCAUCGUCCCUGGUCUGAACACCGCCCCUCCAGCGCUCCUAUUGGCACAGCUUUUUAUUGGAGCAGGACUUCCUGCCGGUGCUCUUAAUGUUCUAACAGGAAGUGACGUGUCGCUGUGUGCUAAAGUGGCUCAGAACCCCAGUGUCAGCUAUGUCACCUACAGCGGCAACAAGCAGGAUGGGGUGAUGCUGUGCAAGGCCACAGCAGGGAUGGGCGUUCCACUCUCUGUCUCCCCCUGCAUCGGCGCCACGUGUCCCUUCAUCAUCUUCGAGUCAGCUGACAUUGACAGCGCAGUGGAUGGAGUGAUAGAGACUGCCUUCAAGAAGAAAAGAGAGGUCCACUGGGUGCUGUGUGUGCAGGAGAGCAUUGUGGACAAUGUUGUGACCCGUCUCAGGCUCCGUAUGGCAGGGAUGAAGUGUGUGGCCCUGCACAGUGACAGAGACAGAGUCCUGGUGGAUGCUGCUAUCCAAGAAGCUCAGCAGCAGGGGGCCAAGCUGAUUCAGCCCUGCAGUGUCCCCCCGUCAGGUGCCCAGUACCCUCCCACGGUACUCUGUGGGGCGGCCCCCCCUUCUCCGUUUGUUGUCUGCCCCGCCCCGGGACCACUGCUGCCUCUCAUGACCUUUAGAACCCACACAGAAGGAGUGACCCUCGGAAACCACACUCCUCAUGGCCAGGCCGCCUCUAUCUGGACUGAAGACCUCACACUGGCACUGGAGACAGCCAGGAGCCUGUCAGUUGGCUCUGUGUGGGUGAAUUCCCACUCUGUGUCUGACCCCUGUAUGCCGGUCUCUGGUCACAAAGACAGCGGCACCUGCGUCGAUGGAGGACAGGAGGGUCUGUACCAGUUCCUGUGUCUGCCCUCUUCUUCUCCUCCUCUCCCUCGCUCCUCCCCUGUCUCUAUGGACUACUCAACCUUUGGAACAGCAUCAUGCCCGGCUAUCAUUCCUGAUGAUUCAGACCCCGCCAGUGCUCCUAAGCACUACCUGCAAUUUGUCGGCGGUAAAGCUUGCAAAUCAGUGUCUGGCUGCAGUCUGGCUGUGCAGUCCCCAGGGGGCAGCGGUGUGUUAGCCUACUGUCCAGAUGGAGGCAGGAAAGAUGUCCGUAAUGCUGUGGAGGCGGCUAUCAAAGUACAGCCUGGCUGGAUGAAGAAGAGCCCCUCUGCACGUGCUCAGUCACUCUACUCUCUGGCUAAGGGUCUGGAGGCAAAGAGGCGGGACAUAGCUGCGUCAAUCAACGUCCAGUCUGGUGUUUCAAUGGAUGAGGCUGAGAAGGAGGUAGAGCUCAGCAUAGCCAGGCUCAGUGAUUGGGCGGCUUACUGUGACAAAGUCCAAGGUGGAGCUCUGCCUAUGCCACAAUCCGGCUCUGCUCUGUCCUUCCCUGAAGCCCUGGGAGUUGUGGGGGUUGUCCUCCCUGACAACAAUCCCCUCCUCUCCAUGGUAACACUUCUUGGGGCAGCCAUUGCCACAGGUAAUGCCGUUGUCAUGGUUCCGUGUCAGAAGUAUCCACUACCAGCCUUGGCAUUCAUUCAGGUGCUCCAAUCUUCAGACCUGCCAGCAGGUUUAGUAAAUAUCAUUACAGGAGGCAGAGACCAGAUGACAGUGGCUCUGGCUAAUCACAGUGUCAUCAAGGCCAUCUGGUACUGGGGCAGCGCUGAGGGCUGUCAGUACCUCCAGUACACCUGCACCAGUCCUCUGAAAACACUGAGGCUCUUCUGCCAGAAGGAUGAUGAAGGAAAAGACUGGACUCAGUCUCACCCCUCAUUCAUGGAAGAGAUGUGGAGAAAUGCUGUCCAGUGGAAGAGUGUCUGGAUUCCUACUGCAUAAGAAGACCGAGGGAGGGAGAAUAAAAGAUGGUGACAAGAAAGAAGGGGGAGAGUUGCAGAUAUCUGCUGAUUCAACAUCAGCAUGUAAAUAACUGCUGGAUGUAGAUUUAAACGGAAGGAGCAAAGAUUAGCCGUCACUGUAAAUCAUGAGAUAUUGGUGAACAAUAUCCAGACAACAAUUAAUAAUAAUGAUGAUACUAAUUAUAAGAUGUAGUUAACUGUGUGAAGUGCCUUCCUCCAUAGUUACUGUUGCUGCACUUGUCAAAUGCCUUCCUUGACUUUAAGAGAAUGGCUCUGGCCACUUGUUGCUAGAAUUAACAAAGUGUGUAUUCUGAUACAUAAUAAAGUGAAGGCCAGGAUUUGUUAAGCAGCCUUUAAGUGAUUGAGAAGAAUGAGAAAGGUAGAGCCAAAACAUAUUAACAGGAGAGACCACAGAGAGUGAGUCUGGCUUACAUUUUGCUAAUAUGUAACAAAACAAACAUACAAACCUAGACAGGAGAUUUUGAAAGUAUUAAGCUAAAAUUCUUAAACUUACUUUGAUGAAGGUCGUAUGUAAGCAGCACUAUUGAUGUAUUAAAGUGAGAUAAAAAAAAAAAAACUGUCAGUGAUAUCAAAAAUCUACAAGGGGAAAUUGUCAUAUCAUGUUCGUUCUUUAUGAUGAAGACAGCCAUUCUGCAAUCGUAUAAACGAUACUGAUGACUUUCUACCUCUGUCCUCUUGCUGUUUACUAUUUAGUUACAUUUGUUUUUCCAGGCAGACAUUCAGGUAGCAGAGUCCUGAAAUGGUAUUCAGAAAGCUACAGAUGUUUUUCAAGUGCCACGGAGAAAAACGGUUAAAUUUGUAAUUGUUGAAAUAAAAUAUAUAAGUUGUAGUUAAAAUGUUUAACUAUUUUUUUUUUUUUUUUUUUUUUUUUUAACCACAAAAACAUCACUUUUUGCAAUAUACAACUUGAAACCUGUUCUGCCUUAGAGUUCUAUCAAUAACUGAACGAUAUGUAAACUCAAUCCAAAUAUGCCAAUCAAGUGUACUGUAUAUCUCUAUCACUGUACAAUAAACUAGCUUUUAUCCUUGGAGGUACACUUAAUGCAAACAUUCCUAGUAAAAUAUAGCUCUCCAUGUUCAAGUUAACAUUGUAAAAAAUAUAAAAUCUGUGUAUGUUUUUCCAGAGUAUGACACUGUGAGUCUCACUGUCUUAAAGCCCAAAUAAAACAUGUGAUCAUUUCAUUGAUUUA